ACUCGGUAACGACAAAGCAGGGCUUAAGAGUUGAUAGUAGUAGAAGAAGAAGAGGAAGCAGGAAAAAGAAGAAGAAGAAGAGCAAAAAAAUAAAUAAAAAUCCACCCAGGGGACGACAAAUAAUACGAUAAUGAUGGGAUAACUAUUCUGGACGAUCAGUAAUCUAACUUAACGCAUUCACUCAUUCAAUUGUUUCUUCCAAUCUGCGAGCCAGUCAAACGAAGUUCCCAGCAGCGAACCGCGCCCCCGAUUCCCUCCAUCGACGAAUCUGACUCGCCCCUAAAAAAAAACUAGUAUUCUAGUACACGCUUACACGCACGCACAUCGAAAAAGCUCGUAUUUCUCCAUUUCACCGCCACGCGCGAUGACAACCCCAGUCUCGGGGUCUUCACUCCCUCAGGCCCGAGACGUACAUCAACACAAUCAUUUUCACAAUAUCAGAGACAGCCACAGCCGUCAUCACCACACCCACCACCACGCUCGUUCUCCAAAUAGGGGCCACAAACGUAACGACUCGGAACCUACCACUAUCGUUGAAACCGUAUCUGUUCUACAACUUAUCGAUGGCCAAGGUGGAACCAUAACCUUGCAGACCCUUACACCAACUCCCACGCCGACCCUUACGCCGACUCUUUCGGACUCAAUACCAACGUCUUCGACGUACGUCGACCCUGAUCCCGUACCCGAAUCAACUUCUGCUUCUUCCUCGGGAACCAGCGACGAUGAAGGCAAUGGCCUAUCAUCGACACCAGCCCCAACGAUAGACCCGACCGUAACACCGUCGGUGUCUUCUAUGCCUUCUUCUCCCCCCUCGUUAUCUUUAACGCCUUUGCCGUCCGCUCCUUUAUCUGACACUUCUGUUUUUCCUACCCUGACUGGCGUGACCAACACCACCACCACACAAGUUCCUGGCUCCUCUAUUCUUGUGUCGUCGAUUGCGUCCUCCAUCUCGUCCUCCAUUUUCUCCAAUAGCACUACUUCAACCGACUUAGUGUCUGCGGAAAGUGUCAGUACCUCUUCACCAUUUGUAUUAGUUACUACUUCCUCUUUAUCUGAUUCGCCCAACUCCUCUGGUUCUACUUCUACUUCUUUUGCUUCUGCGACGACUACGACAAGUUUCGACUCUGCGUUCUCGUCAACAACUUCUGGAUCAUUUGGUAUCCCAACUUCUACCGGAACCGGUAGCGAUAGCUCGGACGUGGGAGGCGAUGCACAACCGUCCGAAACCUCGACUAGCGGCGAUAGCUCCGACUCCUCGGAUGACGGUGUCGGCGCGGCUACGGUUGCAGGAAGUGUUCUAGGAGGCGUGGCUGCGCUCGCAUGUAUACUAAUUCUUGUCCUCUAUCUUCUCCGAUGGAAGAAGCGUCAGAAUACCUUAAAACUCGUGCGCGGGUCUACCAGUGAACGGGGUCCCGGUGGCGUGUUAGUGGGUAAUUCUGGCCCCGGCGGGGGAGACGGCACCAUGUCCGAGCGACGGCAUUCGAUUCCUUUUGCGAUUCCUGCGGCACUAGCCAGCCUGACUGGGCAUAAGCGGGCCUCCGCUGCCGCACGUAGCGCUGCUUCUUCCGAUGGAGGUGAGAAGGGGUUUUCGAAGGUUUCUGGUCGGAAAUUGCCUCCGGUUAUACAAUUUGGAGGAGAUGGUUACUCGGAUCCCCGCGACACGAUCAUGAGCGAACAGUCCAUCGAAUACCGAGACUCGCAGGCAUUCCCCAACAUCGACCGACCGGGCCCGACUAGGCUAGCCCUUGGUGCGCCGAUGCGGCCGGACAGUGGGAUCCCGGUUUACAACCCGGGGCCGGCUCGGACGCCAAUCAAGGAGCAAGGAUCUUUCACUCCGCCCAUGGAACAUUCUCCUCUGGAGCCUCCUCGUAUAGAUGCACUGGGACGAUCUCGCCCCUCUUACGACGGGUCAAGCCGCUCUCAUACUUCGAUCUCCAGGUUUACUGAGGAGUUAUGACCCAUGGAUUGAUACCCUAUGA